GACACCACAGUAUUUGCUGUACUACCUGCCAUCGCAGGACUACGCAGCCAUGCAUAAGGGACUACAAACUCAUCCGAAUUUUUAUUUUCUUUUAUUAUCCAUUCUGCAGGUGGGCUUAACACAGUGGAGGCAGUAUGGCCAUUACCCCAGACUUUCAUCUCCUCAUCGGAGCAAUACCGACUUAACCCACAGACUUUCUACUUUGGAUACGGAAUGCAAUCUGCCGCACAGCCAGGUUGUACCGUUCUGGAUUCUGCAUUCAAGAGAUAUUUUUCUCUUAUUUUUCUGGACUUAACUUCCGGUUAUGGUGCGCUUCGAUUCAGUGUGGAUAAACCAUUUAGCGUUGAGAUCAGUGUUGACCGUGAUGAUUGUGACGGUUAUCCAAGUGAGGACUCUUCUGAAAAAUACAAUCUGACUGUCUCUGCAGGACGUGCAUCUCUGAAUGCACAAACCGUGUGGGGUGCUUUAAGAGGUCUGGAAUCAUUCAGUCAGUUGGUGUAUCAGGAUGACUUUGGCUCAUAUUUUGUGAACAAAACUGAGAUUGAAGACUUUCCCCGCUUUCAGUUCAGGGCUAUUUUGUUGGACACGUCCCGGCACUAUUUACCAGUGCAGACCAUUUUAAAAACUCUGGAUGCGAUGGCCUACAGUAAGUUCAAUGUGUUUCAUUGGCACAUUGUUGAUGACCCCUCCUUCCCUUACCAGAGCCGCACCUUUCCAGACCUUUCCGCUAAGGGGGCUUUCCAUCCGAUGACUCACAUCUACACACAGUCAGAUGUGAGGAGGGUGAUCUCACAUGGCAGGCUGCGGGGGAUAAGGAUCCUUCCUGAGUUUGAUUCACCCGGCCACACUAAAUCUUGGGGAAAAGGACAGUCUGACCUACUGACUCCCUGCUACAACGGGGGUAUCCCUUCUGGAACUUUUGGUCCCAUAAAUCCUACGUCCUCCACCUACACGUUCAUGGCCACACUAUUUAAGGAAGUGUCGUCAGUAUUUCCUGAUUCCUAUAUUCACUUAGGAGGGGAUGAGGUGGACUUUACCUGCUGGAGAUCCAACCCUGAUGUUCGUGCAUUCAUGCAGGCGAUGGGCUUUGGAGGAGACUUCACCAAACUUGAAGCAUUCUACAUGGAGAACAUUAUGAAUAUCACUUCAGCUCUCAACAAGACUUCUAUAGUGUGGCAGGAUGUGUUUGACUACCAUGAGCGGAUUCCUAAGGACACAGUGCUGCAUAUCUGGAAGGGUGUACCAGCUAAAAUUAAGGAAGAGCUCAGCAGGAUCACCAAAGCUGGCAUGAGGGUCCUGCUGGCGGCCCCAUGGUACAUCAACCACAUUUCCUAUGGCCAGGACUGGCGCAACUACUAUACUGUGCAGCCACAGAACUUUUCUGGUACUGAGGAACAGAAGAAGCUGGUGAUAGGGGGUGAGGUCUGCAUGUGGGGAGAAUAUGUCGAUGCGACCAAUCUCAUGCCACGUCUUUGGCCAAGAGCAAGUGCUGCAGCAGAGAGACUGUGGAGUGAUGAGCAGCAGACCUCCAAUGUGGACAAGGCUUUUCCACGAUUGCAGGAGUUUCGCUGCAAGCUCUUGAGGCGCGGCAUCCAAGCAGAGCCUCUGUAUGUUGGACACUGCAAACAUGAGUACCAAGGCAUUUGAAGAAUUGAAGAACUGGAUGGACUACUGUUCCAUUGCAAGAUCUUUUCUGGAAAGAGUUUGAACUUCUUAAGUUCACAGUUUGAUUUGAAGCUGAUUUUGGGAAGGAAAAAAAAACAGCAACAAAACAAUCUUGUGUGGUGCCUUUAAGGUGAUAUGAAAUCAGUGAUACAUAUUUUGUUUUUCCAGUCUAAAGUUAGGUAUGCACAUACUGAAAUGCUUUCUCAGGGACUAAGGGAGAGGAGCAUGGUUGAAGACAGUUGGUGGACCUCAGCACAAGCAUGUGCAAGAGGGUUGGGCAGUUGUCAGGAAAACACAUGAUCUCAGCAGGGAAACUGCCAAACCCUUUUUGAUUUGUACAAUCAUCUUUCUCAUAAGGGAAGGUGGCGCUCCAACCCCAAAGAAGCAGGGGAAUUUGACGGGAAAUACAGACCACAAUUCUUUCAUUCCACUUAUAAUUUAAUUAAAAUCAACAUUUCCAGAACAGUUUGGGGAAAACAAACAAGCCAGCAAAUUCUGAUCUUAUUUAGGGUCAGAUACUAGUUGAUUCACUCUCUUAUAUAUUACAUUUCAUUAAAAAUGACUAUUCAAUUGUACUAAUUGGAAACUUUUUUAGUUUGAUUUCAUCAUUUUAGGUUUGUUAGAGAGUUGACUGACCUUAACCACAGCGUACAGGUAAAGAAAUCCUCAAAAAGAAAAGUAGUUCUGUCAGCUGAGAAUGUGAGAUUUUCUGUCAGGUGUUGAAAUGCCUUUUGUGACCCGUCUGCCAUUUGUGUCUGCAGCUAGGCUCCUUAAACUCACCUAUCACUUAUAUUUUCUCCAUCUUUUUUUUUAGAACUAAAAUGCUUUACUUUUACAUUUUGUAUAUGCUCACUGACAAUAUCGAAAGGUUAACAAAACCCUCCUUUGAGGAAGUGAAAAUAAAUGUAAUUCAAUUUUAAAUUACUUCAUGCAAGAGGACAGCAAAACAUCAACGUAAGAUUUUUGAAUUUACAUAGAAAGUCUGCCAGAGUGCUUCUGUGCUUCUGUGUUUCUGUUUUGUUUUUAUAUUUUUCUUAAUUGCUGUUGCAGUGAAAUAAAUCUCUGCCUCAAAUCAAAAUGAUAGGUUGUCAUUUCACAUGACGGGAUUACGCAUGCUGUCUGUCAACAGAACAGUUCAAUUCUGAAGAAGUCGAUUAAAGUAAACAUCAUAUCCUGAA